UGACACCUCAAGUUUAUCUUCCACCAUUGCUUCUCACUCACACACACUCACUCGUGCGUUCGUGCGUGUUGUGUCAAGUCUGAACUCAAUUCCAUUCUUCAGACUCUCUCUCUCUCCCUCUCUGUUUCUUGGAAGCAGUAGUGUUCAUAUCUCUCCAUGGCAAACAUGUUCUAACACAAAACAACACGAGAGGAGAGGAGGAAGAGGAAGGGCAAGAAGAAGAAGAUAUGCUACUUGGAAAGCGCCCUCGCCCACCGAUUAUGAAAAGAACUACCAGCAUGAGUGGUGGCAUGGCCGUGGAAUCGCCGACAACCGACGAGGAACUCGUCUCUGAUAACCCUCACCAUCAUCAUGAACCUAACAUCAAAGUCGAUCCACUUCUUGUUGCCAUGGAAAGACAUCAUGAAUUGGUGCCUCAAAAUCUUUCUGAGGCCAAAGGGUCAUCUUAUGAAUUAUAUGGGCAACGUUCGAUGGGCAUGGUCAUACCACUUUCCCCGACAACCUCAAAUAACCCUCGUCACAGUCACAACCACACAACAAACACUGUCAUAAACACUACUUCUCACUUUCUUCGGACUUGUGGCCUCUGCAAGUGUCGCUUGGCACCCGAUCGACGAGACAUCUAUAUGUAUAGGGGGGAUACGGCAUUUUGCAGUUUGGAGUGUAGGGAGAAGCAGAUGAAGCAAGAUCAGAGAAAAGAAAAGUGGAAGGCAGGGUCUAACAAGGAGCACCACCGUGCAUCACCACCACCCGCCAAGCCUUCCACCAAAGGUGAAACGGCUGCGUGUAAUUGAACGUCAUUACAAAAUAAUAAACAUAAUUAAUUAAGGUUAGUAUAUAUUUCAAGAGGCACCUAAAACCGGUUCCUCAUCAACAAGCCUAUUAUCCCCUAUAUCUAUCUAUCUUCUCUCAUGGUGCCUCCAUAUAUAGUUCUUAAUUUCACACCUAUGGUACUAAUUCUUAUUCCCAUACUUCUGAUUACCAAAUUGUACGAAAGGUGUGCUAAAUGUUGCUGUAUUAUUGCCUAUGUCAAUUUCAAUAUCUUUCAAUAUCUAAAUUCCCCCCUAUAUAUGAUCA